UCCUAUUUCUCAGCCACGCCUACUUUAUGAUCAGCUCUUUUCUUGCAGCAAAAAUAUUUUGCAUUUCAGGCCCUUUCUUUAGACGUUCCUUGCUAGCCAUGGCUUUGAAAAUUGAUCCAAGAGACCCAAAUUUUGCCUGGGACAAGAUGAAAGUACACCAAAAAGUUGAAGAAAUCAAGCUAGUAGACCCCUUGUCUCCCAAAAAGGAAGGGCACACUCGCUUUGUAUGCAUCAGUGACACUCACAACAAGACCUCCAAUUUAUUGGUACCUGAUGGUGACGUGUUGAUUCAUGCUGGCGACUUCACUGGAGUCGGUCACAGAAAAGAAGUUCAAGUUUUUAAAGAUUUCGUUCUGACACUUCCCCACCCAAACAAAAUCAUCAUCGCUGGUAAUCACGACAUUACUUUUGACGAAGAGAGCUAUCCCAAAAUAUAUUCGACUUUUGGACACAGAGAGCCUUACAACUGCCAAGAAAUAAAGGACAUGAUAGCUAAGGAACCUAGUAUUACAUACUUGGAGGAUUCGGGUUGCACCAUUAAUGGGAUCAGCAUAUGGGGAUCUCCCUGGCAACCAGCUUUUUGCGGCUGGGGUUUCAAUUUAGAGAGAGGAGAACCACUUCAGAAGAAAUGGGACCUCAUACCAGAAGACACUGAUGUGCUCAUAACUCAUGGGCCACCAAUUGGUCAUGGGGAUUUGUGCUUUCAUGGUGGAAGGGCAGGCUGUGUUGAUCUCCUCCAAACAAUACAGGGGAGAGUGAAACCGAGGUAUCAUGUUUUUGGCCACAUUCAUGAAGGCUAUGGUGUUACUACUGAUGGCAAUACAAUUUAUGUUAAUGCCUCAACUUGUAACAUACAGUACAGGCCUUUAAACAAGCCGGUUGUUUUUGACAUUCCUAAUAAAUCAUGAAGGUUUUUAUAGAAAAUGACAGAUUUUUAUAUUACCAUUUUUAAUCCUGUAGUAAGAAUUAGCAUUAUAAAAAUAUGUUAAUCUUUAAUUGUUAUGACUAUUUUAUUUGUGU